UUGUGGUAUAUCCGGCGGUCUUUGGUUCUCAAGUGAGGAAACGAACACAGUUCGAGCGCUUUAUUUAAAACCGUUUACGACAGAAACUCACAGAGAUAGAGACGUAUGUGUCCGGGCUUCUGUAGCUUAGCUUAGCUUAGCCUAGCCUAGUUUAGCGCAGUGUCACUCACACAUGCCAAACUCGCCGGGAGUUUCGGAAAAUACGGCGCUCGUUACGUCAGUCAGUCACCGGUGAAUCAACCGUCAGAGCAACCGCGACUGAAAUAAAUCCGACAUGACUCAACAAGCUGCUGCGAUGCAAACCUACAACAACGAGCUAGCUAAAUGUAUCGAGGACCUGCGGGAAAAGAGGGAGGAGCUAAACAGUCAGAUCAGGCAGGAGGAGGAGGAGAAGGAGCGACUGCAGCACGACAUCCGUCUGCUCACGGACAAACUGAGCCGAGUCAACGAGAGUCUGACUCAGAGACUCGCCGCCCGAGCCACGUUUGACCAGACGCUGGCCGAGACCGAGGCUGCGUACGCUAAGAUCCUGGAGAGUUCGCAGUCUCUUCUCAGCGUCCUGAAGCAGCAGACGGGAAACCUGAGCAAAGCCACCCAGCCUCGCAGAAAAGAGCAUUAACAACAACAAGAAGGGUCACCCGACCUUUGACCUCUGCACUUUUUUUUAAACAGUUUAUUCUCUCAGUUAUUUAUAUUUAAAUGCGUCUGUUGUGAAUUCUUCAUUUCAAUAAAUAUCUUUCUUAUCCUUCAAA